AUAACUUGUACGAGAUCAGUGUAAGUUGAGUACUUGGUCUGUCGUGAGGCGGUUGUUUGGCCCUAAGUAUGGUGAUUGUUUGGUCUACCUGGUAAUCAGACCUGUAACCACUGUAAUCACGGCGCAGUGGACUAUCAUUAGAGUGACCUUUCCAGUCAUAUUGUGACCCCUUGUGACCUAAUCUUGCGAUUGGUGAUUUGCUUGACCAUCCUGCAUCAAUGAUGCUCACCGAUCUAAAUAUUUCCAAUCGGACGGACAUUUACUCGACGGAGAAAGGAGGCCUUCCUCCGAGCGUGAUCCCUCAACAGGCCAAGGACCAUCCUUCGCUCCGAGGGACACCGCUGGCCAUGCUCGCCGCCCAGUGCAACAAACUGACCAGCAAGAGCCCGCCUCCACUCGCUGAUGCAGCCGUAGGGAAAGGAUUCCAUCCCUGGAAGAAAAGUCCAGUCGGAGCCGCGGCGGGGUCGGGGGGCGGAGCCUCAGGCGUGGGCACAGGACAGAGGUCAGGCCCCGCCUCUUCGGUUAGCGGUGGUCAUCCGGCUUCCUCCUCCAGCAGUUAUCAGCGCCCGGUGGUGACGACCAGUGCCGCCUGCUCCUACCCACAGCCCUCAGACCUGUACUUCCCCACCUCCUCCACCAGCGGACAGUCGGACUCUGCCCAGGCGGCCCUGCUGUCCAAGGUUGACGGGUCCACACACAUCCCCGCCAUGAGCUCCAUGUACUCCCGUGUCGCGGGCGUUACCCACCCGUACGAGUCUUGGCCGUUCAACAGCAUGGCUGGCGCCGCCUCGGCCAUCAAGCCCGAGGUGUCGGCUGUGAACUCUCUCAACACAACAAGUUGGUGGGACAUGCACAGUGCUGCCGCUGCCUCGGCCGGCUCCUGGCUGGACAUGUCAGGAGCCACGUCGGCGGGCCUGUCAGGGGUGGCCGGCAUGUCCCAGAUGGCCAACUAUCCCACGGGCGACUAUUCCACACUAUCCCACACACUGGCCGCCUCCAACACGGCACACCUUCUAUCCUCGGGACAGCACUUGUUACAGGACACGUACAAAUCCAUGCUGCCUACACAGGGCAUGGCUCCGGCCAUGGGCUCCCCAUUCGGGCUGGGCCAGCCCACCUUGCCGCAGGUGCCGUCUCCACGCUCCCAGCGGCGCUACACAGGCCGUGCCACCUGUGACUGCCCCAACUGCCAGGAAGCUGAUCGUCUUGGUCCGGCCGGAGCUCACCUCCGGAAACGGAACAUCCAUUCGUGCCAUAUCCCAGGCUGUGGCAAGGUCUACGGCAAGACGUCACAUCUGAAGGCGCAUCUUCGCUGGCACACGGGUGAGCGCCCUUUCGUUUGCAACUGGCUUUUUUGCGGGAAAAGGUUCACGCGCUCAGAUGAACUACAGCGUCAUCUCCGAACCCACACAGGUGAGAAGCGGUUCGCGUGUCCCGUGUGCAACAAGAGGUUCAUGCGGUCGGACCAUCUUAGCAAGCACGUGAAGACGCACAACGCCUGCAGCGGCGGGAAGAAGAACAGCGACGGCAGUGAAUGUGACAGCGAGAACAGCCAGAGCGAACCCCCCUCAGUGUCCUCCCCCGCGUCUGUCAACACGCCGCCCAUCAAUACGCCCACCACGCCCACCGCCCAGGCCAUGAGUCCGCCCGCGCCAGACCUCAAGCCUAUCGUGUGAGAGCUUGGUUGCGGGCGGCCUCAGGACCUCUCCCAGCUACUCUCGGCUGUUGCCACGACGCCCUCUGUAGCUGGGGGACGGCGUGGGCGGCCGGGCAGCAGCCGCAGGGUGCAGGGGGGCGCCUGACGCAGGCUGUGUUCCCUAUUGUGAUAGUGGGCGCCCUCGGGGCGUCCUCGGUGGUGGCGGAGUUGUAGGGCAGGACGUGGGCCCACCUUGGGACGGGUACCGGGCCGGGCCCCGGGCCUGCCCACCGCGCCGGUCACCCCGUCAGCAUGUGCCAAAUCUUGCGCCCUCUACGAGCCUCGUGUGUAAAGUGUCUAUAGUGUUUACUAAUGUAAGCGGAUUUUUAAACUAACUAUGAUAUGGGCAUUUGUACCAGUGUUGUCAGUGUAUGGUUCCAACUUUUUUUUGUUUAUAGACAAUAACACACUUUAUUUUUACACAAUUUGUAUUCUAUUAACUCGGCUCACACUGCGCUCACAAGGUCAAACUUCAAGGGCCAGCGUCAAGGCCCCGUCAGGCGCGGGCAUCGGCGUGAGCCCGCCAGGCACACGGGGCGCCGCGCGUCGCUGGCGGUGAAGGAGUGAAAGUUAUGGCGUCCCGCCCACGCCGCCGCCCGUCGAGCAGCGCCGCGCCGCGCCACGCCCUCACCCAGCAGGUGGCAAAAUCCAGAGGUAGGAAGUCUAAGCAGUGGUCAGGAUCAGCUGAGUGCUUUACGUGCAGUCCCACGGCGGGAGGUUCCGAGGGAAAUGCGUUUCGGGCGAGCUUUAAUAGAAAUCGAGACGCUUGCGGCGGAUUUAUGUCAGUCUUGUCCUAAAGGGCACAUGAACGGGAUAAUUAUGGUGAUAAAGAUAUCCAUAAUGGGAGGUGACCGGCAGGGUAGCAAGGCGUAAGACUCGCCUCACCGGUACUUAACGAUAAUCACCAUCAGAGCUUAAUUGAGGAUAUUGCCUAUUUGAGGCUCAUCAUCCGUGGUCUUUGGCGUAGAAGCGAUAAUAAGCAAGGGAAGCUGCUUGUCACUCACCGGGAAACAGGACGAAGGAGCAGCGCCGCGGCGACUACUGAUCUUAUUCACAAAUUACCUAAUUGCUUCUGUCUUAUUUUUCAAGUGGUAUUGUCGCGUUUUUGUCUCUGUCUAGGGAAAAUUUACAUCCCUUCCCGAGUGUUCUCCUCGCGAGGUUAAGCUUUUUUGGCGAUUUCCGUGGCGGAAGUGGUAUCGCAGCCACACACACACACACACACACACACCUGUUCCUGCCUCGUUACGUCCGCCGUCUUGUUGCGGUGCGCUCCUCAGGCUUCUCCCUUUUUUGCUGAUCGCCGAGCACACACACACUGACAAACGCCUCUCCCUCACCACACCGCCUCGCCCCUUCCCGUGCUGUGGUGCCCUUGUCAAACCUUAUGCUAUGGGCUCCCGCAGCAUCCUCUAUUGACGUGGCCUUCAGUCAAGUAAACAGUUUUCAGUGGCUGCAAGUCGUAAUGUUCUGAUGCCGUUAUUCAAAUCAUCAUUGCAAGGGUCGUGUAGUAGUUAAUACUGUGCAAAAAAAAAGUCAAUCCAUUACACAUUAAUUUUGUGGCCGACAAAUCAUAUAUUUAUGCAAUUUAAAGUUCAUUUUCGUCUCAGUUACAAUAAAAAGCCGUGAUAUAACAGUUCAGGGAUUGUAACUCAUAAGCUGCUGCAGAUUCAACUCGCUUAUUUAUCAACCACACUUUGCUUGCCUCCCACCUCCGCGUCACCCCUCUCCUGCACCGCCCAUUCUUCUCCCCUCCCUCCACAUCACUUCCUUUCUCCUCCCGUCUCGUCGCCCCUCCCCUUCCCUUGCCGAACCGCCUCCUCCCCUCUCCACCUGCAUCACCGCUCCUCUCUCCCUAGCUCCCCCUGCCGAGCUUACCGUGUCGUUGGCAUUACCAGAGCCGUGAACUAGAAUCGCCUCCCUCUCGACAUCUCUCAGUGAAACCACGACGCGAGAGUUUAACAUCCACCAGGCACACACUUCAUGAUAGCGAUGAUGAAUAUAUUUUUACAUGUGAGAAAGUAUUUUAAACGAGUUAUCUCUACGUGUACAAAGAUACCUUCAGGGAUAAUAAGAUAUCAAUAUUUAUAUCUUUGAACACUUAAAUCAAUGCAGCACAUGACAGACUUUUUUGAAUACGCAAAUACAAUAAUUUUCAAUCUCUCUCUCUCUCUCUCUCUCUCUCUCUCUCUCUCUCUCUCUCUCUCUCUCUCUCUCUCUCUCUCUCUCUCUCUCUCUCAGAAUAUCUAUCCAUCUAUCUGUCUGUGGGUAGGUAACAGUUACAGAUUGUUAUGACAUACAUAUACAGAGCGAAAGUCAGAGAAGCAGACAACCACAGACGCAGACAGAUAGACAGAAAGAAAGAUAGGCAGAAAGACAUAUAUUCAUAGAUAACCAGACAGACAGACAAGCAAACCGACAAACAUAGACAAGAAAACAAACUAAGAAGAAACUGACAAGUAGACACACACACACACACACACACACACACACACACACACACACACAGUUGGACAAAUAUAGAUACAGAGACGAGACCACACGAGCGUAAGCCCAGGCCCUGUAAAACCACAACUAGGUAAAUACAACUAGGUAAACACACACACACACACACAUGUAGACAGCCAGACGACAGAAAAAAAAGAAAAAAAAAUGUCUGAGCGCGUUGAGAAAGGUUGAGGGGAGGCGGGGGGGGGGGGAAGGGGGGCGGCGCGAGUCACCCGCCGCCGCAGCUUCGCAUAUUCACUUCCGAGUCAUUUGUGUUCAAUUAUCCGGACACGGGAGGGAGAGAGAGCGAGGGUGAGGAGGCGCCACACUCUGCCCAAUUACAGUCACUAUUUUUACCCAUUUGUCCAUUAAUCCAGACCAAUUUUCUCUCCCCUCGCCCGCCCCCCUUUCCUUCUUCCUCCCCCUCCUCCACUUCUUCUCCCUCCCCUCCACUCGUUCGCGAUCACCAAGCAAUCAGGUCGUAAGAUUCGCGUCCCCAUAACAGAAGUGAAGAUUAGCUGUGACGAGGCUGUGACUAGUGCCCCCUACUCUCUCUCUCUCUCUCUCUCUCUCU